GAAGUGUCUGGAACGAACAUGCAGCUUCGCCGGAAAAGCAUCCGUUCCAUCGCAACCAUCGUGGAUCAUCGCGACUGAAGUGCUCCUCCCUCACGGAUUAAGCUUUACGGUGUGGCGAUGUCCAGCGUGGCCGAGACCAGCGGGCGCUCGUACCACGUGCACGCCAAGGCGUGCGCCUGCCGCAGUGCCGAGAAGCCGGUGCAGUACGGCGGCUGUCGCAGGAAGCGCCGCACCAGCCUGCUCCUGGGCGGGUGCAGUAAGAUGCACCAUCCCAGGACGCGGAGGCACACCACCACCGUGGAACAGGUGUACCGGGCGGUGCCUUGGAAAGCGGUGCAGGUCGGCGUCAGGGGACCCCGAGGACUUUACGAAACGGUGACCGGAGAGGGCCAUCAACAGAUCCAGGAGCUGGUGUCGCCGUUGGUGGAACGGUGGAAGAUCUUCCAACCCCGCGUUCGACUGGCAGCCUCUGGUGCACCACUCGAGCCGUCAGCCUGCACCGCGCUCCUCGUGGGACAGGAGGUGCUCCUGGAGGACCGAAGACACUACGCGCCGGCCACAAGAUGGGGUUUCGACAGCCGGCUGGGAAUCGUCGAGGAGCUCGCCACGUCCGAGAAAGAGUACAACGCGGACCUCAGCGGCGUCUUCAACUUGUACGCUAAGCCUCUCAAGAGACUGAUUUCCAUGCAUGAGGAUGAGUACAAGGCCCUCUUCGACUGGAUUGAACCUAUUCUCUCGAUCAGCAGCCUCAUGACCAUGAAGCUUCACGCCGCCUUGGAGCACUGGGACUCGCAGCACACAAAGAUCGGCAACGCGUUCUCCAAGCUGCUCUGGAACCAGUACGAGGAAUACCAGGCGUCGCUCCAGCGAGUAGUGUUACCAGUGCUGAGGGACAAGGAGGGCCGCGAUGCCCAGUUUGUGACCCUGUGCAAGAUGAGCCGCGGUGCCGUCAAGUACACCCUGCACGACUUCCUCCAUCAACCGUUGGAGCGUCUGCUGCAGUAUGAGCAGUACCUGUCGCAGCUGGCCUCAGCUACGCCCAAGCACCACCCAGACUACAACGACCUCACCAAGGCGGCGCAGAAGGCAAAAAGCAUGGUGAGACGGAGCGACUCCAACAAGGAGGAAACUGAUCUCGAUCGGAUUCAGGACCUCUUCCCCAGUGACAACCUCCGGCUUCACGACCGCGAUCCGCUGUCGCCGCGGAAAGGCCUGCUUCGAACAAAGUCAGCAGCUGCGUCGAAGCUGCACAGAGCUCUCUCUGGAAAGUCAAAGUCCGUCACCGAUAUGGCAUCCCCGGGUAAAGACUGCACCGCCGUGUUCCAGGAUGGAAGCAGGUCGGUUGGCAGCUGCGCGCGCUACUUCAUCAUGGAUGGGCCGGCCCAGUUCUCCAUUGGACUCCAGAACCAGGAGCGGCACCUGUUCCUGCUCAGCGAUGUUUUGCUCAUUGCAAAACCAAAGUCGUCUGGCAACUACAAGCUAAAGGAGAAAGUCCGUACAUGCGAGAUGUGGCUCUCCAACUGCCUGGCGGACGUGAGCGAAUCGACGCGCUCCGCGGACACCUCAUUCGUGAUUGGCUGGCCCACCACGAACGUCGUUGUUACCUUCAGCUCUUCGGCCACGAGAGACCUGUGGCACAGCCAGUUCGCGCAGCUCAUAUCUGAGGCGAAGGAGCGAGAGGGACGCCAGCCAACAGCUCUACAGGUCAGCUACUGGGACCCAGUAUCUCAACACGAAUAUCAAGAAACCAUCAGAGUCACGAACAGCCAUACAACAAAGGAUUGCAUCUAUCUCGUCACCCACAAGCUAGACAGUGCAUCUAAUCCGGACGACUUCCAGCUUUGGGUCAAGACUGGAAAAGAUGAAGCGCCCUACCCGCUCAUAGGCCACGAGUUUCCCUACUGUAUAAAAAUGAACUUCGUUCGCGAGCUGCUUCAGAGUUCCAACCUAGAUCUGUCCACGCUCUCAGACGUCAUCACGGGUUGCAAGUGUGCCUUCAUCCUCAGGAGGAACUACAACAAGUUCACGCUAUCCGAUGCGGAGAAACCAAAGAAACCUCGGCGUCCGACCCUCAUCAACUGGCCGUUCAAGAAGCAGCCAUCUUCGAAGCAGUCCUCUACAGACUCGGGCAGCAUAUCCCCGGUGGUCGGCAGCCUCUUUGGCCAGGAUCUGAGCAAGGUUUCUCCGAAUGGGUCUCUACCCAAACCUGUCAUGGCACUGCUGCGACAACUGUUCUUGCGGGGCCCGUUCACUUACGGAAUAUUCCGAAAGUCUGGGAACGUUCGCUCCAAGCGUGAGCUCCAAGCGAGGCUGGAAGAAGAUCCAGACUUCAACUUGUCCGACAUGCCCAUUCAUGUCGUCGCCGCUGUAUUCAAGGAGUUCUUGGGUUGCCUACCAGACUGCUUGCUCCAGCGGUGCUUGUACUCAGAGUGGCUCAAAGUCCUGCGUGUGGAGCCCCAGUGGAAAAAAAGGGACUACACGAUCAGCCUUUUGAAGAGGCUUCCGCCAGCCCAUGUCGAGUUGCUGCGCCACUUCCUAUGCGUCCUUUGGCACAUCAACAACCGUAGCAAGGAAAACAAGAUGCCCUCGUCCAACCUGGCCGUGUGCAUUGGACCCAGCCUGCUGAGCCCGAAGUUUGUUGACAGCUACCACUCGCCCACCCUGCAGUCAGAGAUCUCUGAGCAAGUGCCUCAGCUGGUAGAGUAUCUGAUUGAGAACAGUGUGGACAUUUUCGGCAAGGACCUGCUUACGCUGUUUGGAGAGCCUCCACAGAAGGACCCCUCAAUUCAAGACUCUGGAGCAGAGGAGUCUGACAGCCCACACAGCUUGCAAGAAAGUGGAAGUGCCUUCCGAAGAGAUGACUCUUCAAUCGACAGUCUUGAAAGGGCCCUCAUGGAGGAUUCUAGUCCCAAGUUGCCAAACAGGACCAAAGUGUCGUUGACCAAUCUCAGCAGGGAUUCUGGUCUCACCCUCAGCGACACUCAGCUGUACACCCCCGAAGAUGAUGUCGAAAUGGAGAACACAAAUUCUGCGCUUCAGGGCAUGACGAAGAGCGUGCCACACUUAGAAGCCGUCGGCGUGCAAGAGUCCACCUACAGUCGGAGCAACGGCGUUAGCAUUGACGGCUCCUGCAACGAUGUAGUUCGGCGCCGAAAGUGUGGCGGGGAAGCACCAAAGCACUCCCGGCACCAGACUAUCUCGUCUGCCGGUUUUUACGCUCGCUCGUCUCCAGUCUCAAGAGACGCCCGGUCUCAACUGCUUCAGUAUUCCAAGUCGUGCAACUAUCGCGAAAACGACCACCCUGCUGAGGAAGACACUGUCAUGGGAAACGACCCCCUCGUCCGCUGGCGCAAAAGCCGUGCACGUCAGCAGCGAGCCAAUGCCAUGCAGUCAGCAAUGGAUGUGAGCAGGCCAUGCAGCAACCUCAUCAGGAGCGCCUCCGAGGAAAGCCUGCUGCAGAAGUAUAUGGGUGAAGAGCAACCAAAGCGACGGCCCCAACACUGUAAAGGCAAGGCCCCCAGACCCCCAAUGGAAAGUACUAACUGGGAGAGAACAAAGAAGUUUGACACUCCCGCAGCCACACCUGACAGGCACGCACUGUGGUUUGCCAAUCAGAUGCACAGUGUUGACUGGAAGCGCAGUCAGUCCACCUCGAAGAUAGACGAGAUCGAUCAUAUCCAGGAUGGGCCGAUAAACAAGAGCAUGGGACAGGAGGGUUGCCAGCCUGUGAGCAGCACCAUGACACCGAGGCAACAUGACAUUACAGUGAAGGUGAAGGCAGACUCUCUGGCAAGCGUCCAUACGCCACCUCGCGUGAACAGUGUGUGCAGCUCUUCUUCCGAAGGAAGCCAGAGAUCUCACCGGUCGCACGAGUCGACCCAUUCAGGGCGAUCGCAAGCCUCAAACCGUUCGCGAACGAGUCCCUGCCGGCGCCAAUCUCCCAACUGUACCAUAGCUGCGGUCCACCGGUCAGCGAGCAGCAAGCCCAUGGAGCCUCCCAGUUAUCAAGAAGCCAUGACACGCCGCACCCUGCUCCGGAGAUCACAGGCAAUCUCUCAGGCCGACGACACAUUGCUCGAGGAACCUCAAACGGAACCUGUGUCUCUAAGUUGCAAAGCUCUGCAGCUGUACGAGGAAUCCUUGAGGAUAUACAAUGAGCAGCUGGAUGUCGCGAGCGACACUCAUCAUGCCAUUCUUGUCAAAGUGGAUAGUAGUGAUGAAGGCAUAUCCGAAAGCCCACCGCCCCCUCUGCCACCCAAGCCCCACCAGCCAGUGCACCGCACUGCCAGCGACGGCACUGGCAUUCGUCUCAGGCACCAUCCUCCGGUUCAUGUGAAGGAUUCUCAGCUUGUGAAUCGCGGGAAGUGUGUUGUAGUGUCCUCGUUUCAUGACCGCUGCCAGCCACAGUCAUUAUACGACUUUCCCAAGGAAAUCAGCUGGAGUGUAGCUCAGCUGAGGAGCAUCUUCAGCCAGCAAACCUCGGUGGGAAAAGAUGGAAGUACGGGCAGCAACAGCGGCCUGUCAGACUCUGCCUGCUCCAGCGAGCGUGAAGGGCCCCACGGUGUAUUAUCGAGUCACCUACGGACAGAGUCAGUGAGCAGCAGCACAGGUGGUGAAGAGUCUUAUGUGUAAAUAUGAGCAGAGAGAAUUUUCUUGUUCUUAAGCCAUUCGUGCCUGUUUUGCUGUAACCGAGACAAUAGUAAUUGUGCAAUCUGUCUCUGCUGCCAACACUGUUGCCCUCUAAUCACAGGUAUGCUGCAUAUGAACUCUGAGUUCCUUUGACUGAGAACCUUCAGAGUUCUUUUGGAAACUCAUGCUCUCAUGUAUUUAACUAUUCACCAACUUUGCAUGAUGAACUUCUGUAUAUGUGCCAAAUAGCCUGCUGAGAAGCUUACGAGAUCUGUAUAGGUUAUUGUUGUCCAGUGUUCUGUGUUGUUUCAUGCUGUUUAAUUCGUUUCUAGCAUGAUUAUGAUCUGUAUAGGCAGUGUAUUGUUCCUUCUAGAGCUCAUUCACUGUUGUGAACUGUAUAUAAUUGUAACAUGGCAUUGUGCAGUAAUGUAUGUGCUCCGUGAGGCAUGCAGGGGCAAAAAUUUGCCCUAAACGCGAUUUGUGACAGGUGCUUGUCACAGCUCACCUAGACCAUUGUAUUUAUGGCCUGUUUGUGUACAACAGUGGCUGAAAAGAUGGUAUUGUAGAUAUUUUGAUAACAGCAAUAAACAUUGUACAUGCAAUAUAAAA